GCUCCCCCGGGUCGCCGCCUCCGCUAGGGGCCGGUAGCUAAGUGCGGGCACAGGGCUCCGGUGGGUUCUGUGCAGGCGAGGUCGGGCGUGGGAGCGCCCUGUUACCGCCGCACCAGGCCAGGAGGCUACAUUAGGAGAGACGAAGAGUCCCUUUGUCUGCUCUCCGCAGCAACGCGUCGGGCGCGGGGAGGGAGCGCCGGUUCCCGACCCGGAAGCGGAAGUGCGGACGCCUCGGGGUCCCGUCCAGUGCGAGCCCGGCCGGUGCGCCAGCCAUUCCGCCCGCCGGUCACAUCGCGCCCUCUCCGCUGCCCGUUUCCCCCGCUCGACGGCCUCGCCAUGCUGUCUCUAGAUUUUUUGGACGAUGUGCGGCGAAUGAACAAGCGGCAGCUGUAUUAUCAAGUCCUAAAUUUUGGAAUGAUCGUUUCCUCGGCACUAAUGAUCUGGAAGGGGUUAAUGGUCAUAACCGGAAGUGAAAGUCCGAUCGUAGUGGUGCUCAGUGGCAGCAUGGAACCUGCAUUUCAUAGAGGAGAUCUUCUCUUUUUAACAAACCGAGUUGAAGAUCCCAUCCGAGUGGGAGAAAUUGUUGUUUUUAGGAUAGAAGGAAGAGAGAUUCCUAUAGUUCAUCGAGUCUUGAAGAUUCAUGAAAAGCAAAAUGGACAUAUCAAGUUUUUGACCAAAGGAGAUAAUAAUGCAGUUGAUGACCGAGGCCUCUAUAAACAAGGACAACACUGGCUGGAGAAGAAGGAUGUCGUGGGGAGAGCGAGGGGAUUUUAUCAGGAGAACAGAUCAGUGGAGGACAGGAAUUAUUUGUUCCUUAUAUUGGGAUUGUGACGAUCCUCAUGAAUGACUACCCUAAAUUUAAGUACGCGGUACUCUUUUUGCUGGGUUUAUUUGUGCUGGUCCAUCGUGAGUAAGAAGUCUGCCUUGCUGUUCCCGGAAGAUGCCGUACUUUUCGUUACUGAAUGUUCGGAGUAGAUACUGGUCUGUGAUUGGUGGAGUGGAGAACGCUCAUGUCGGCGCUUCUUGGUAGCAAUGGUUUGCAUUAGCUUCUGUUUCCACGCCAGGGUAUGUGUGGGCGGGUGCACGGGCACCAUGGCGCGCUCUCUCGAGGGGACUCUCAAUCACAGGAUUUCAUAUGUUGUCAUUGUCACACUUUCACAUUUUUGUACAUCAGUGAAUUUUUUAUAUUAAAAGGUUGAGCCAAAGCCCCCAGUGUUUGUAUUUUGAAGCCAAGCUUCACUUCUAAAGUGCCUACAGAGUUCUGUAAAUUCAUGCAGCUCUGCACGAGUCUGAACCCGUCAUCCUCCCUAUGAUGUGGGAAUGGCGUAGACUGAGGUGGUCGUAAGUCUUAACUUUUCAAAUUUUAAAUAAAAGACUUUGCAUAUCGAA